CUGAAACAAUCGGAAAAGCUCUUUCUCCACUGAGGGGAAGAAGCCGUCUGGGAAAAUCUUUCUGCGUAAGGGAAAUUUAACAGUUUCGAACAUUCCCUCCUCCAAAACACCAAUCUUGAAGGGAAGAAAUGUCUCACGUACUGUUCCAAACAACCCCACUUCCCAAAACCUUGUCUCCAAAGCCCUCUCUGCCGCCGCCAGUGGUCCAUGCGACUGUGGGGAAGUUGUGGAGGAAAUUGUCGCUGAGGUGCUCCUCUCCCGCCUUGAUCGACGGUGGGGAUAAUGCCCGCGCUGUCCUUGAGCGCUGCUUGUCGAUGCCAUCGGCUCCGGUGGAGCCCGUUCUGUCUUCUCAUGUUUCUGGGUUGGCGGGCGGCCCGGUGAUGAAGGGACCAUAUGGUGCUUUCGGUGCAACCACUUUAGAGAAAGGGAAGCUAGAGAUUUCAAAAGAACAAAAGCAGGAGUCUUCUCCUCAGCUUGCUACUGGAGGAGGUGGUGGAGAUAUUGGAAAGAAAAUCAAUCAUGGUGGCGGGGAUGGUGGUGAUGAUGAUGGCGAUGAUGAUGAUUACUUUGAUGACUUUGAUGAUGAAGAUGAGGGAGAUGAGGGUGGGUUAUUUAGAAGACGGAAAUUUCUUCAAGAGCUUUUUGAUCGAAAAUUUGUGGAUGCGGUAUUGAAUGAGUGGCACAGGACAAUGAUGGAUUUACCUGCUGGCUUCCGACAAGCUUAUGAGAUGGGGCUAGUCAGUUCAGCGCAAAUGGUAAAAUUCCUAGCAAUGAAUGCUAGACCAACCACUAGUAGAUUUAUUUCUCGAGCACUUCCUCAAGGAGUGUCUAGGGCAUUUAUUGGCAGGAUGCUUGCAGAUCCUGCAUUUUUAUAUAGGCUUCUUUUAGAGGAGGUUGCUACCGUUGGCUCCUGUGUUUGGUGGGAGAUCAAGAAUCGAAAGGAUAGGUUAAAGCAAGAAUGGGAUCUAGCACUUAUUAAUGUACUCACAGUAGCAGCAUGCAAUGCUGUUGUUGUUUGGUCACUUGCUUCUUGUCGUUCAUAUGGUAAUACAUUCCGGUUUGACUUGCAAAACACAUUGCAGAAGCUUCCAAACAAUAUAUUUGAACGCAGUUACCCACUUAGAGAAUUUGAUUUGCAAAAGAGAAUUCAUUCUCUUUUUUACAAGGCUGCGGAGUUGUGUAUUGUUGGAUUAACUGCAGGAGCAGUACAAGGUUCUUUGUCAAAUCUUUUGGCCAGCAGAAAGAAGGAAAGGUUAUCUGUCACAGUUCCAACUGUGAGUUCAAAUGCGCUUGGUUAUGGUGCUUUCCUUGGACUCUAUGCAAAUAUGAGAUAUCAACUCUUAUGUGGGUUCGACCAAGCUAUGAUAAAUCAUUUUGAUGUCAUUGGAGUGGGACUGUUCUUCAGCACAGCUUUGAGGAUUUUGAAUGUCCAAUUAGGAGAGAGAUCAAGGUUGGCUUGGCUAGGGAUUGAAGCAGAUCCACUUGCUCAAUCAGAUAACCUCUUGAAUGCUUACAACAGGCAUUCCGAGGGCGUGACUAGGUCAUCUUCAAAAUGGUUUAUAUCCAAAAAUGCUAUUGUUUCUGGUCUUGGACUCCUCGGUAUCAGACAGAACGUAGAGUCUGCAGAUGGUGAAACCAGUGCUCCCAAGCCCCGAAGAAAGAGGAUUGUCCGAAAGAAGGUGUCUGCAAGCUCAUCAUAGUUUAACAACUUUAGUCAAACAUAAUCACCAUUGCCAUCCAAUUUUGCUGCCUGAGGGAGACACUUCAAUGAAGAAAGACUGCUUCGAGUUGGAGGUACAGAUGAUGUGCAAUAUAUGUUUAUUGCAGAUCUUGCAAGAUGAACACCAAAUGGUUAGGCAGAGGAUUGUUUUGAGGGAGAGUUCUUGAAUUCUUUUAGGUCCCUUUUUUUAUGUUAAAUAUUUGACAUGUUCAAUGGAGUUGUAUACCCUGAAAUUUGAGCCUUAAUUAAUUUGUUCUCAUCGCUAAUAAUUUUGAAAUUUUGAGAUGGAUUAUAUUUUGCCAACAGGGAGAAUAAAACGUUCUGAUCAAU